GAGAUGUUGAGAAAAAUCCCGGCCCUAAUGACUCAACUACAUCUGGUGAGCGUAAGUCAAGGCAAUGUAAUUCAAGCGAGGGUCGUCUUAGGGCUCCUAAGUGUAUGCAGUGUGAUAAGGCAGUUAAAGUAAAUAACAAACGGUUGUGUUGCAACUACUAUUAACUAUUAUUCCGGAAGCUUUCAAGAGUUUUUUUGAAACAUUAGUUAUAUGAUCAUUCCAUGUCAGACAUUCAUCAAUGAUGAUACCAAGAAAUGUUGUACUUUUAACUUGUUCUACAUUUACAUCAUUCAUAACAAUUUGAAUUUCCUGUUUUGGUUUUUUGUUAGAAGAUCUAAAUAAAAUGAAUUUUGUCUUUUGGAUAUUUAGAGAUACUUUAUUGACGUUUAACCAUUCUGUAACUUUGUUAAUUUCAGUUUGUUUGAUUACAAGGCUUCGAGGAGGUGGGGUCACUGGACAACGGUAAACUUUGUUUCUGAAGACUGGAAUAGUUUGGAUGAUGAUUUAAAAAGCUCCACCUCGAUAACCUCAUUUAAGAACCGCCUCGAAAAAACUGAAUUGUAAUGACUUGUUUGUUCUAUCUAGUUAUUUUCAUUUGUAAUUUAAUUAUUUUUAGUAUAUGUUUACUUGUCCGAGGACCCCUCUGUAAACCACUACUUGUGAAGUUGGUAUCCUCAUUAAAAAUUAUGUUCAUUCAUUUAAGACCGCUGUUGCUAAUAAUAUGAAUGAAAGUAAUUUGCUGCACUGUUCAAUAUCAUUUAUGUAAAGCAAAAAUAGAAUUGGUCCAAGAAUUUAUCCCUGCGGAACCCCACUUCUAAUCACCAUUUCAUUUGACCUAACUUGAUCAUAUUUCACUAUUUGUUUUCUAUUUUCCAAAUAAUCUUUAAACCAUAGUUGUGUUAUUCCCCCUAUACCAUAGUGUUCCAGUUUUUGAAUCAGAAUCUUGUGAUUAAUAGUGUCAAAGGCCUUUGAGAAAGAUCCCUAUAGUGUAUUCACCUUUAUCGAUUGCUUUACUAACUUUGUCAACAAGUUCAACGACUGCAUGCUCGGUGGAUCUAUUUUCUCUAAAACCAUACUGACUAUGUGUUAAUAAUUUUAUUUUUUUCAAUGAACUUAAUUAAUCUCUUAUACAUUAGUUUUUCUAGUAAUUUAGAAAAAAAAGAGAGUACAGAAAUUGGUCGAUAAUUUUUUAAUUCAUUUUUUUUAUUUGCUUUGUAAAUUGGGGUAACUAGAGCUAUUUUUAGGCCAUUAGGAAUAGUUCCACUAAGGAAAGUCAAGUUGAAUAUGUGUGACAGGGGUUCAGAAAUUUCCUUGGCAAUUGUCUUAAUAACUUGUGAACUUAUACCAUCAUAGCCUGGACUUUUUUUAGAAUUUAAGUUUUGUAUUUCAAUUUCGAUUUCAUAUUUGGUUACUGGCUCAAUAAAAAAAUUAUUCUUAUUCUUAUUAGUCAAAUAUUUGUCAAAGGUUAUUUCACUGUCUGGAAGUUUUUUUGCUAGACCUGGUCCAAUAUUUACAAAAUUGAAUUUAUUUGCUAUUUUGUAUGGAUCAUCAAUGAUUUCAUCUGAAGAGUCUCCGUUGAAUUCCUUUGGUAAAAUUCUAUUGUUUCUAUGUUUAUUCAUAAUUUCAUUAAUUGUUUUCCAUAAGCAUUUUGUGUUAUGCUUGUAUUUUAUUAGUUGUUCUUCAUAAUAUUUCUUUUUUGCUAUUUUUAUUACAUGAUUCAAUUUAUUUUUAUAUUUUUUGUAUAUAAUCUCAUUUUUUAUUACAGGGCAAUUUAAGAAUUUCUUAUAAAGUUUGUUCUUUUUUUUAACUGAUUUUGCAAUGCAUUUUGUCAUCCAUGGACUUUUACUUUUGUCAAAUUUCCUUUUUGAUACUUUUUUUGUUAAUGGGAAAUUUUUUUCAUAGGCUGUAGAGAAUUUAUUGAAGAAUUCGUUAUAAGACUCUGCAGUAUUACUGUUGGAAAUUACAUCCUCCCAUGAUGUAGUUUUAAUUGUAUUACCAAAUGAUUUAACAUUGGAAUCAUUGAUGAUCCUUUUAUUAAUAAUUUCCAUUUCUGGCUUAGUCUUAUGUUGUUGAUCUUUAAAUUCGCGUAUAUGAAAUACUGGUAAGUGAUCACAAAAAAGUAUCCCAUUUGUGCUCGAUUCUAUAGUUUCCAUAUCAUUAGUAAAAAUAUUGUAUUUUAUCUGAUCUGGAUGUAUUUUCAUGUAUAUUUAUACAAAUACACAACUAUUACAAACACGCAACUAAAAGAUUCCUAACACUAACACACACAAAAAGUAUCAUGUCUCAGAAUACAUUGAUAUCGAAGGAACCACACUCAGUUCCAAAAUAUCACCAACUCGAACUGACUUAACCUAGUAGUUCAGUUGGUAGAGCAUUGGACUGGUAUCCCAUUAAUGUCACAGGUUCGAUUCCCAUCACAGUCAGGCAAACUUUUUAGUUUGUCCCGGUGUGGAUGCACACGCAGAGUAACACCACAAACAUCAAGUUAUGACCAUGUUUACACUUCAUCCAUGCCUGACAAUCAUUGACACAGGUAACACAUCAAUUGCCUGAGUGUAUGGAAUGUACAAUUCCUCUGCACCGGACGGCAGUGAGUCUAGGCUCUAGGAAUUGUGUAUCGUUUUUGUGCCAAAAGAUUCGACAGCAAUAUAAGCUGUUGUGCAUGCAAAUCACUGAUUUGUGCACAAAACUGGACAGCCUUUUCUUUCCAUGCUGGGCAAUUUAGGCCUCUAGCAUGACUAGGUCAAGCUGGCAAUGUGGCCCUUCUAUAACACAGUAUUAUCCAUGUCAUAAUUUUUGUUUCAUUUAGUUUAAUUUCUGCCUUCUGGACGUGCUCAAGCCUUGGCAACAAGUACUCAAGUUUCACUCUCUUGAAGAGUUGAAGACCAAUUUGUCAAAUGAUGGAUCAUAUUGUGUUGUCUUUGUAAUAUAAUAUAUGUAUGCCAGAAUGGCAGUGCAGAAACAUUAAAUUUUUUUACAAAAAUGUGUUGAAUACUCUUUCAUUUCUCUCCUAGUAUUACAUUAUGCAAGAUGUGGACACCAAAUAUAUGGGGCUGUUCCAUAUGAGAUGUGCUGGCAUUACAAAAUGGACCAGGCUGCUUAGGUACCCCCAUUUCAAGUUUGUAUUCAAAUGUGGUUACAUGCUUUAUUUUGCCAUUCAGACACCUAUAAAUCUAAGAAUGUAGAAAGCUAUCCAAAAUUAUAUUGCAAUUUCUGCAUAAUGCUUGCCAGGCUAGCCUGCCUCCACUAGUGUAUAAAGGCAAGCUAACCUGGUUUACCAGGCCAGCCCAACUCUUAUGAACAGCUCUUAAUGUAGAAUGUGAAUGGGUUUCAUAUAAUAUAUUCCUUUUGUUCCUGAAGAUCUUAAUUUUUUAUAAAUUUUUUUGCUUUAAAUUUCAUGCAAUAUUACAUAUAGUUCUAUAACCUACAGUACCAUGCUUUCAUGGUCAAAAAAUAAUGUCACAGCUUUGUUAUACACAGUUAUUAAGCCACAAAUGGUCAAAGGUCUACGGAAAUUAUUGGGGGGGGGGGGGUAUUGCCCACCUGGCCCCCUAGUGUCCACCACUGAAUAUAUGCAUUUGAACUAUUGCAACAAAUCAGACUUGUUUUAGACUCGUACACUUGUGCUUAUUAAAAUACCAAUUGAGACUUGUUGAAAGUUUGUUUAUAACAAUAUAAAGUACAGAACUAAGUAGUUCCUAUGCAAGAUAAAAUCAACUUGUAGCCAAUGUUCAAAAGGUAUCUUUGAAUGUUAGUAAUAUUUGAAACAGUUCCAAGGUUCUUUCAGACAAAUCCAAUUGAAUAUUGGACUGUGCUGGAACCAUACUGACCACCUUCACUUCCUAUUCUGUGAUAGUGACUUUGCCACUUCUAUAAAAACAAAAAAAAUACAUUAAAUUCAAUCAAACUUGUACACGAAAAACAGCUAUAAACACAUGGAAGUGACCACGUGUGCAUAAAAAGCAGCUCUGCUCUGGAUGAAAACCCUCGAAAUGCUCAAGUCUAUAUAAUAUUACUGCAACAUCUGAACAAAAAAAACGUAUUCACACUAGCUUUAAAGACCAAGACAACCCGAAAAAUUAAAAAAAAAAUGAUAUGUAUGAUAGUUGCAAAGAUUAACAACGAUUCACUAGUUUAAAACCUAUAAACAUAGUCUGUAUUGUGUACUGUAUAUAUAAAUAAUAAUGUUCGUCAACUCCAUAUUUAAUAGUAAUAUUUGUAGCUGAUAAAUACCUCGAUUAAAUGUUUUAUUUGACCAAUAAAUGAAUAAAUACAAACUACUUACCUUCCUCUUGGGUGUUUUGGUUUUAAAAUCUAAUUUUAUAAGCGAAUAUCCUCAAAAUGUCAAUUUUAAAACAAAUCACAGCUCUCACUCCAUAUAUUUUAUAUCGAUUCCAGCUGCAAGUUACUGGCCAGAGUAAUGGCCGCCGUUGUAUUUCCGGCAUGCGCAACACGACAUGCGUGAGGACGCCGACUUCAAAGGAUCUGACAUUCAGUUGCCCUUCUAUUCAUUUCUUAUUCUAUGAUGCAACUUAACGCGAAAUGCAGUUACAAGUUUACUAAAACUAGCAGAAUCAGAUGCAGAGAGAAAAAGAUUAAGAUAUGCAAUAGUGGGUGCAGCAGGUCUCUCCAACAAAAAAGCAGCAAAGGUGUACGAAUUUGAAAACAUGACGUCAGUUGUUUCAGAAGUAGAGGAAGCAUUAAAAGAGGCUGAAGCAAUUCGAAAUGUUAUCGAGAAAUUGGCAGAACUCAAAGAUAAAGAGCUUAUGAAAUCUCUAGGAAUUUCAGAUGAUGAGAGUAGCGAAUCAGACAGCGGAGAAGAAAGCGAGACAGACAAUGAAUGCAGUGAUGUAGAUGACAACAAUCAUGAUGGAAACAGCUACAAUAACGAUGAUGGUCUGGAUUCUAAUCAUCUCAUUGCUGUUUUACAACAAUGCGACUUUAACUGACUGGAAUUUGUGAGUCAGAUUGAAAAGGAUAAACCAAAGAUUGAUAAGAAUACAAUGGAUAGUUUACUAGAAGAUUUUGCUGCAGAACUGCCUAAUCUAGGCGUUAGUGAACACAAUAACAAUUUAAUUCAACAAUCACGACAGGUGUAUCAUGAACAGCAGUUAUUACUUGAGCAACAAAAUGACAUUACUAAUGGUAUGAUUGUUUUGGAUGAGGAAUCUGAUAAUCCUGAAGAAUAUCUUCAUGUCCGUGAACCAUUGGACGAUGCUGGUAGGACGUUAAUAAUGAAGAGAAGAGCUGCUAUCCAUAGGAAGGCUAAAAGAGGUAUCAAAAAGAAAAUAGCAGAGAGGCGCUUUCUAAUGCGCAGAAGAAGCAAGAGAGUUGGUAAAAUUUUAAAAGAUUACCCUGAUAUUGCGAAGACCAUCAACCCGGAUGUACAUUGGAAUGCGGCGCUCUAUCAAGGAUUAGAUGAUCUCCAAUACACAGACGGUAGCAAUAUAGUAAAUUUUGGUCGCGAUGAUCAGUCUGGAUUUAGACUGGAUACAAUGUCAACACACAAACAACAUGCAACGCUUUGCCUCCAUGAUGAGCCCCCCUUGACGACUUGCAUAGAUUAUGUCAAUCGGUAUCCAUAUGUGUUACAAACUACAUCCUACAAUUUUCCUGCGAGAGAAACAACUGGCGAGGUUGGUGUGGUGAAAGCUCAAAAACUUUUCCCCAAGAAUCCAGCUCAACACUAUGCCGAUCUUACCAUGGUUGUUGAAGAGAAGGAAGAAGUGAAGCCAGCUUUCAUUAACCAUACAACGGGAAAGCAAAAGGCAAUUGAAUGUAUUCGGGAGACGAAGGCCCACUCCAUGAAGAAGUGCAGUAUUGGUGGACUAAACAGCAUUUUGAGAGAGAAAGUAGAGCAAUGCUUGUGUCAACCAGAAAUAGUGGCUCAAGCUACAGAAAUCGAGUCGAAUUACAAAACGGUUGCCUGGCACUGGGUCAUGCUAACACAUUUAUUCCAUCAACCCUACAUGGUUCUUGCAUAGAAAAUGGGCAAAUCAGCAAAGAAAUCCUUCCUAAAAAUCUGGACGUAGCAAUAGAUGUCUACAUCAGUCGUGUUAAUCAUUCACCAUGUGCGGAUAUGGUUAUCAAUCUUUGGAAAGGUGCUGAUAGCAGCUUACAGCAGGAAGAGAGGAAAGCAGUUAACAUCUUUCUUAAGGGUAAAAAGGAUGUGAAGAUGCAGCUUCAGAAAGAACAGCCUGAGCUUUUUCAGAAUAUAAAGAAGAUAUGGAACCUUAGAACAAACCAUGACACCGAAUCUUCCUGGUCAGUAUUUGUUCUUUUUACAAUGUUGCUACAAGAAAGGGUGUGUCCAUCCAAUUUGUCAGACUGGUGUACAAGAAGAGAUAGUAUGGUAUCCACAAGGUCCUCCAAUAAACUAUCUUCCUAUUCCAACGCCAGAUCCGACUAGACCUUAUGGUAACAAUCAGUGUGAAGAAUGUAGUGGAUUCUGUGCUGGUCAUUACAUGAAGCCCAAUCAACUGAUAUCUCUGGCAAAAACUGCAGGGACGACACCCAUCUGCAAGCCACCAUCCCAAGUUAUUUUGGAAUAAUUUAAAACCAACAAAGGCAUUCCAGAUGAAAAUGUUGUCGAAGCUCUUUCAAAGCAAGUAUUGUUACCCGUUGAUGAAGUAAUGAUGUGGUUAAAGCAUCUCAAGACCGUACAGGAAAAUCGAGUAGAAGGAGCUCGAAAAGCUGCAGUAACACGUAAAAAAAAACAGACCAACUGUUAGGCAAGAAGAAAAAGAAGAUCAAUGUUAUGCAUCAACAUGGAAGAACCACCCAAUUUUGAUGGCGACGACAAUGAAAGUAUUGACUGGAUUGAAUGCGAUGCAUGCGCAAAUUGGUUUCAUGCCUGUUGUGUCGAUGUGACUGGAAUUUUACCAGACCUUUGGCAUUGUCCAUCUUGUAAUUAAAGGAUUCUAUGCUUUUAUGUUUACUAUACCCAUAAGGUGUUAUUGUCACAUUUACUGACAUAAUAAUAUGCUUGUCCUCCUAAACUGAAAAGAGAAAGGACUUGAAUUGGAACAGGGAAUACACAAUGGAGGCGUAUUUCUCUUAAUUUCCGCAUUUGCUUUUAGUAUAGCAUAUAUAACACAACCUUGAAGUUCUAAUUACUAAUACAUACUCAAACGCUUGAAAUAAUUUACACUGUAAGCUUAAAUUAUAAAGUGGUAUUUCAGUUUAACUCAUUCUCAUCCGGUCGAAAAGUAGCAAUUUCGAGUGGCGUUGUUUCAAACGCUUAUAUCUCUCAAAUUAUACAUCGCACGGAAACAGAAAUUGCAUCGUUCGAAAGAGGAAGACUUCUGCUUUCCAACGAUACCAAUUUCAAUUCCAUCCGGAGCUUGGUUAACGAUUUACUCGCAUAAAUUUGCAUAAAUUAUGAUAUAAAAAAAUGUUGCAAUUAUGCAUAAAUGUAUUUAGCGGUUCAAAUUUCAAAUAUGUCAAAAAAAUUUAUGAAUAUGACUGAAAGACACGGUUAUGAUCUACAAGUACCCGAAGUUUCAUGCAUGUAGCAUAAAUAGAAAUAUUUUUAUUGAAUUUUUAUAUAAACUAGGUAGUGGAGUAAAAUUUACAUUUUGUGCUCACAUGAAACAAAUACCUUUAUCAAAGGUCCUUUUUUAUUGCUGCAACAUGUUAUCAAUACAAAUUUCCAAUAUUUCUUACUCUCCAAAGAUAGUAUGGCACCAAAAUAAGUCUCUGAUACCCACAAAAGAACACUCAAAUCAUGAUUAGCAAAAUGUCUUUAUUUCUACAAUUACUACAUACAUUCUUAGAUAAUCAUUACAUCAUUGACUUUAGUUAUUAGUGGCAUAACCAGCCUCAAAAUUUGGUCAUGCUAUUCAAAUUUGAAAUAAUCACUACUCAUUUGUUUAGAAAUUGAUUGUUUUCACAAUCUAGAACAUGAAAAUAUUUGCAAAUAGCAUGACCAAGUGUUGUUGGGCUGGCAUCAUCAUAAUUAGUUAUAUAAAAAAGUAAUGUUUUCCAAGGCAGUAAUGUUUGCUAAAGCAGUAAUGUUUGCCAAAGCACAUAAUUGGAUUAUGUGGUGAAAAUAUUUCCUUUAUAUUGUACUACAAAAGACCUAAGACUGUAACCAAACUGAUAUCAGAUCACCACGUCAUACCCAAAUCUGUUGCGAUGAAUAUCUGGACUUCUUCCUGUAUAAAUUUCAAAGUCGUAAUAUAACCAUUAGGAUUGUCUGCAGCAACCCACAGAUUUAUUCCCCACAUAGUAGGUCAUCUAGCUUUCAUGAACUGCCUAACCCCCAACCUAUUUCUUGAUUUGACAGUGUGUUUGUCUGCAACAACAAUAUUCUGUGACGGCUGGUACAGUUGUUGAUGCAGUUUAUUGCUGUAGUCUUUAGUACAAGAUCUACCAUAUUCACAAACGCCAUAAGCGCUUUGUACCUAACCCGAGAAAUUAUGUCUAUUGCCCACAGACCAUGAUAUAAGGUUUUUACACUCCAAUAAUUUUCAAUCUCACUGUCGACCUUUAGCAAACCUGCAUGUUAUACUAAAAGGCAAUCAACCUCUCAAGGUUGGUGGACUGCAAGACCCUUUUUUAUUAGUAUAUGGGGAUAACUUUUGAGUUAUUUGUAUGUGGGCAUAUGUAUUGGUAUGGCCAGGAAACUACCUCCUGAAGCAUUCCCUUAGUAAAAAAGAGUCAAAUGAACUCAAGCUCACAGUUCAUUGAGCCGAAUGAACUCAAGCUCACAGUUGAUCGAAAUGGAUCCCGGACAUGUCAGUGAGGAGCAAAAUCUGGGAGAACAUUCCUGGCGUCAGGAUCAUUACAUCCGUCAUGUAGCUAUGUGGCCUAGUGGGGAUGCUAGACAGGGAGCUUUCGAAACCUUAGGUCCUAAUGGCUGGGCUUCCCUCUACCUCUACUCAUCCCCCUACCUUCCCUCUGGGUUGGUGAGUGGGGUUCUCAUGACUCAUCAGAACUCUACUUCCCUGAGGCUAUGAAACAGGAACAGCAGAUAGGAACAGGAUCAAUAUAUUCAUCAGUGCGAAUAAAAACUUUUAUAGACAUGGUGCCACUUAAAAUUAUAAUAAGAGCCAACUAGUAAGAUAUAACACAGGACGAAAAAAUAGAUUUGCUCCAACUUUGCAACCCCCUGCAAAGGUGCCAUUGCCGUAAUUGCAUCAAAUUUGCUAUUGUGCAAAUUUUGUUCAAAUUUGGAAAGCAAAUUGGUAAAUAAAUUUUUACCCUCAUAUUGGUAAAUACAAUUCUCUUUUUUGAGAGGGAAUGGGUAUAGGAUAAAUUUGGCUCAAAUUACCUUUCAUUUGCACAAGUGAAUUUGUGGGUAUUUUCGUCCAUAAUUUGGUUUCUAAAUUUGCCAAAAUAUUUGCAACCUUGCAAAUUUGAUGCGAUUACGGCAAUGGCACCUUUGCACCGGGUUGCAAAGCCUAGUGCAAAUCUGUUUUUUCGCCCUGUGUAAGUAUGAAUACCUGGCUAUUAUGUAUGUAACAAACAACCAAACAUUUGCUCAAGGCUCAUUUUACUUCGCCUAGGAAUCAGAGAUUUUUAUGCCUAAAACACCAUAAAUUUUCGUCAACAAUAUAAAUAAAUACCAUUUAUAUUUGUCAAUUUCAGUAUGAAACGAUUAUUUCAACACAAAAAAGCGAUAUGAGGACAUACUUGGUCGUACUAGUGAAGCUAUACUAAAUACAAAUAAAUUUACAAUGCCAUGGCAACGGCAAAACAUUGAAAUUGUCUAGAAAUGAUACAAAUACUUGCCUUGAAACUCCAGACACGACUCCCAAUGCCAGGUUGAGAUACUUGUCUUCAUACGAAGACAUUCCAUCAUUACUAGCACUAUCAGUUUGCAAAAUAAAGCCAAAAACAUCUUCAGAAUGCGAUUCAAACAAAACUACAACACAAUACAUUUCAACGCUCGUGCGUUCCCGUGCGCGAUAAUCAGGAAAAUUGCUCUAAAAGAUUUGUUUUUCUGCCUAAGCCAAUCAAAAUCCGUAUCUAGGGUAAACAAACAUUCCGGAAGUGAUUCCUGCAGUCUUUUACCAGGAAACUGUAAUGCUUUACCAAGAAUUUGGCGUCUGAAGUUGGCCGAACACUUUCCGAUCACGAGAAUUGCCAUAAUAGGCUUAGAUUAUUUUGCAAUUUCCCGAGACUGCUCCGAGCUAUAGAAUGGAAGAUGGUGAUUCUUUUGGUAUAUUUGUUAUUUUUAUACGUUGAAAAGAAGCAAAAAGACGAGCAUUUGAAUCAGGUGGAACAUUCAAAAUGCAACAGCAAAAUUGAUGUGUCAUUUGCAUAAAUUUCACCGCAUUGAUCAUUUCAAGGUAAGAAAUUCGCUUGAAAUUGAGCGAGAAACAAUAAAAUUAUAUGAAUAUUUCUGAAUAUAUAGUAUCGAUCAAGCGGAAUUUUUUGGUGGUAUUUUCGUAUGUCUACUGCAAAUACUCGUGAAGUUCUUUAAUAUUUAAUCUUCCCGUCAUAUACGUCGGAAAUUAAUAUUGGCGGAUCGAAUUGAGUUAAUGUUUUAAAAAAAACUGUUCAUGUUGUUUUUGCAAUCUGUGUAUUGUUUUUUUGUCUUUAUAUGGACACCAGAUCAUCUAAAAACACUUAUAUAUAUUAACUAUUAAAGCUUGUCAUUCCAAGGAGCAAAACAAAAACGCAUUGAUGCUCAUUCCGACUUCGAACAACCAGGGUAUGGAAUUGACUAGCUGACGAACUAAAGAAAAUCAAUUGUUUUAAUAUUUGCAGUUAACCCAUUAAGCGCCAGCGCUCUCCCCUUGACGAGUAAAAUCGUCCCUUGACGAGUAAAAUCGUCUGGCGUUAGACAGGGUAAAAUACUAAAGUAGAGUGCAUCAGGGUGCAAUACAACUCAAUGGGUUAGCUAGGCACAUCGGCAGAUACGCUAGUUAACCCAUUAAGCGCCAGCGCUCUCCCCUUGACGAGUAAAAUCGUCUGGCGUUAGACAGGGUAAAAUACUAAAGUAGGGUGCAUCAGGGUGCAAUGCAACUCAAUGGGUUAAGGACACAAUUUGGUGGUAAUUAAUAAUUGUAUGAAUUGAACAAUUUGUUGUGCCACAAUCUUACCUGGUAACAUUUGGUCCAAAUUGACUAAGGUUUCCAGCCCCAGUCCCACAGGUACAAUGGGGAAUUUGAUCACUUUUGACUUAGAUUUCCAGUCCCACAGUGGGGCUUUUGAUAAAAAAUUUGCACAAAAAGUCAAAUCCCCCAUAUAUGCCCGACCCCCCCCCCCCCUCUGGAGGUUAACAUUGAUAGGUGCAUAAUAUGUGGGUGCACCUCUUCCAUACUGUCCAAUAGACUAGAUGUUAUGGCCAUGAUCUUUCCAUAAUCCCAAGUGUCAACAUGUGAUGCAUAUGAAAUAGAAAACACCUGUCAAAUAGUGAAUAAUGAUGACAAUAUUAAUAUUAAUUGCUUGAAGCUACUUUCGGUGUUCUCCAGGUUACAGGAGUUAAUAUUGCACAUAAUAAGAAACUAUAAAUAGAUGGGCAAAAAAUACCGUAUUUCAUAGCGUAUAAAUUCACUUAACUGAGCAAUGCGAACUUUUAAAACUGGAAACCCAACAACUUUCAAUUUAAAUCUCAUGUCGUAACAGCUACGAUUUUUCAGUGCUGUUCAAAAUUGCAUUAUCUUAUUUAGCUCGUCCGUAUUUAUAUAAAAUUAGCAUUAUUUCAAUGAAAAAUGCUAGCUAACGUUAAAUAUCAGUGAAAACUUUAUGUUGCAUGCUGCAAAACGUUAUUUAAAUAAUGUCAUACUUCACUGAGAUUUCUCCACACUUGUAGUUCCUCUUCUGUGACUAUAUCCAUAAGUAUGAACACAGCCAUAGCUUAAAAUCACGUCCAACAUACGAGCCAUACAUUGUUGUAAUGCUGCUAGCCACCUUUCCAGGGAAUGCGGAGAAAUCAAAUACUUCAAUUCUGGCUUUAAUUUUUUUCUUGUCUGCAGGUGAAAGACCUUUCAUUGUUUUUGCCAAGAGGUAUUUCUCAGCACCAAGUAAUAUUGUAUGCAGUAACAGUAAUAUUGUAUGCAGUAACAUUCAACAGGUGUUUGCCUAAAAAGAGAAAAAAAUUGAAAAUUGUUUAAUUAACAGGUAAACACACUCAGAUUCUAAUAGUUAAUACUUUUUAAUAAUCAUGUAACGGUAAAAUGAAAUAAAAGUACAUCGAAGCUUAAAUGCGAACACAGUAGUCAACAAAAGAUUGUGCAAUACUUUUGUUAACAAAUUAGCAUACAAACAUGCAUUAAACAGAGAAAAUGACAUUAAAAGGGACCGGCCAUUUAUUAAGGGAGGGGGGUGGUGGGUGAGAAAUUCCAAAAUUUUAAACUAUUUUUGAGACCGCCCCGCCCCCAAAUUCAUAUAGAAUAUUUCAGAACGCCCUCUCCUCACCAAUAUCCCUUUACACAUGUUUUAUUUUACUCGUGUUUUUAACGAGCCCACAGGGGGAGUUAAAAUGCAAACAAGGGGGAAAUGUUUACAGCGAUACUACAUUAAGAAACAUCAUACCAAUUAACAAAUCUCAUAGAUGGACGAGUAGGAUUGAUGAUUGACGGGUGUAGGAACGAAAUUAAUAUUGGGGAGCCCACACUCACGAUAAAAUUAAGUAAUUAAAUUUCAUAAUUAAUUCUGGUGAUUGAUAAAUGUCUAUUAAAGUUUCUCCAAGAACCAACAACUAUGACAAAAUUUUUAAAGAACAACAAAAUUUUCCAAGUUGCCCCCCCCCCUAACACAUAUUUUCAUACGUACAUACAGUACUGUAUGAAAAAUGUAACAUGCAGUGGAAAGCAGCCUUAAUUCUGUAAAAAAUAAUGCUGUACUCUAUGCAGUAUAUACUGGAUUUAAGGGAUACUAAAUGGUUUUCGUGCACGUUAGUGUGAUCCAUGCAUGUGGGAUAUUGCAAGGUUUUCGGAAAGCGUAAAAACAAUAUCCCUAGCUAUAUAGCUAUAUAUCCCAAGUGCAUGGAUCAACGCUAUCCUGCAUGGAAAACCAUUUAGUAUUUGCUUUAUAAAAUAACAAAAGCGACACAACAGUCAUUGUAAUCUUCCUGUGCAGGAUUGUCUCAUCCUGCACGCUCACAAACCAAUCAAGUUGCAUGUUUUAUUGUUAGUAGUUAUUAUAUAUUAACAUAACUUACUCAAUUGCAUCGAAUGUUUUGAGUUCAUCAAAUUGACCACCACGUUCAGUUACACCAGUUUCUUUCCAUAGCGGUUUCUUUUGCCUUUCUGAUCUACAUGUAUAUGUGUAAAAAAACGUAUGCAACACAAUUGCAUAUUGCGUACAUAUUUUGAGUACUGUAUAAGAUAUGUUUGUCAUACUAAAUACAGUACAGUACGUAUAAUGGUGCAACUGCUACAUUGCAGUACUGUAUAGUGUAUUGUCAAACUGAAAAUUGUUGAAUGGUCAUUCGCGUGAUCAUUUGUCAUGCUACUUUGACAAGCUCUAGUGUAAGCAAGGAACAUGCGUCUGUUAUGACGAUAAACUUGUAAAACUAUCUCACUUUAAAAACCUUGCAUUAAUUAUCGUGGAGACUGUAGUUCUUGUUCCUGCGUCAGUCCUUAGGUCGCCUGUAGCAUUUUCCUUUCUUGCCUAUUAGACAAAAAGUUAAAGUUUAUUCAGAAUUUAAGCUUAAACUGUCAGUAAUUGAUCCGUGUUAUCUAAUUAACUGAUUAUUAAAUCUAGAAAACCUAAGUCACAUGUCUAUAGAAAUGGAUUGCAAAACUUCGUAGGUGAUGAGUAAACUCUGAAGCUCUUGGGUUAUCACAUACGACACAGAGAAUAGGACACUGGACGAAAACGUCUUUUUUUGUGAGUGCAUCAUACAUUGCAAUGCCUUCUUCAAGUUCUGUAUAAAGCAAAAUCAUAAUAUCUUGGGAGUGAAGUCUGUAUAUGUUAAAUUUUCAAACUGAGGUCUUGCUGUAUUGACCGAACAGUUUAAGAUAGUAGGGUUUAUUAUGUGGCUGUAAUGCCUAAUUUCCUGCUUUUGUUUAAAAUUAAAUCAAUUAUAAAACUUGUGCUAUUAAUUGUUUUCCUCACAGGCCAAUAAUAAUUUUGUAUUGCCGGUUGCCAAUACAGGAAAAUCCUGUCACAUGAAUAGCCAAUAAUAAUAUAGCGUAAUUAAAGGCCAUCAACUGAGUAUCAAUAUUCGUAUAGAUUUACUACAUACUUGCUAGAUCGGUUGCAAUUACUUUCCCCAUCGUGAUUGAAUCCACUAAAUUAGACACACAUAUAAAAUUUAUAUUGCUAAAUUUAGUGACAUCUUUUCUUGGCAGGUCUGCAAGAAAAAACGAGUACGUCUCCAGUCUGUUCCAUUUCUUUGAUUUGUUGCCACUUGUUUCAUCUGAAAAUAUCACGAUCGGAAGAGUUAGCGUCUCUUUGUCACCAGCCAAACGUUUUGUUGGAUGAGGAUUUUGGUGCAUAGUAAUUUCCUGAAAAAUAAAAUGAUCUCAUCGUCUGGACGAACAGACAGAACUGUGAGAAAAUAAUUGUUAGAGUGUAACAGAUAGAAUGGCAGGAAAAUAAUUAUAUACUACAUAUAAAUGCAUAUGGAUUGAUGUGUUAACAAUGUACAAGCAGCAGGAAAUAGACAAAGACCUCUUGAGUCAAAGGAACUAUUUGGCCAUUUGUUUCCUUGAAUGUUAAUGUUGCUGACACAAUAUCGCCAAUGGAAUUUAUUUCUAUCUCUUCCAUUUCAUCAGUGAUAACCCAUGAUUCUGGACGUGUAGGAAAGGUAUGUACUUUUAUAACGUCGCACAUGAAUUUCAAAGUUGUCCACUUUCUGUAAAUGAUACAUAGUGCACUGUAAUAAACCAUUGCAAUCGGCUUUAGAAACCGGGUUUACUAGAAUACUUUUAAUGCCAUCGAAAAAAAUGUUUGUACUUUUCCAUAAGAAAUGCCAUGUUCUCUCCACUUGUACUGGACAAUGUCUCCAAUAUAAACUGUGAUGUUAUUCACAGUUGCAGAAGUGGUGUGGAACUGUUUAUUGAUGUGCCACGUUCUACCCUGUGAAUUUAUGAAAUAGGUGAAUGGAGGUUUAUAAGAUUAAGUUUCCAGCACAAAUGUACAGAACCGAGUCGAAUGAUAUCCACUCGUGUAUAUAAUGAACUGGAUCACAUACACCAAAAAUUGCCAGUGUAAACCCACCUUAAUAAGGGACCGGUCAUAAAGUAACUGCUAGGGUGGGCCAAGAAAUUAUUAUCAUCAGUUUGGGUGGGCCAUGAAUUUGUUUUUGUGCAAAUGGAUGGGCCCAGAAACACAUAUAGCCUGUUUGCACUCAAUACAUACUACAACUACUACACAACAUUCCUAUUAAAAUAAUCAACAUUCAAUAGGACAAAAUAAUAGAUUUAAAGUGAAUUCAAAAUGAAAUAAAAACAUAAUCGUGUUAUUAUUAUAAUAUCAUUAAUAUUUUGUAAGUCACAUCUACAGGCAUUGAUUUUUAAAUAUCCACAUCACCCUUCCUCACAAUCAGAUUCUAAUGACAUAGAGUCAGACUGAGAAGAUGUUUCCAAUUAUUUUUUAACAAAAAAAUCAAGUGUACAUUGUUUUCCCACAACUGUUAUUUUUCACCUUGUUUUGACUUGUUACUUGUUUUUUACUUCUCGAAUGAAGUUACAAUUUCAUUUACUUGUUCUACAGCAUCAUCUUCAAAAUAAUUUUUGGCAAUUAAAGUUUUUAAUGCUGUCAUAUGGUACCUUGAUUUAAGUUGUUUAAUAGGCUCAAGCACACACAUUUACUUGAGAGAUUUUUUCAGCACCAUUCUCCAGAGACUCGUACUUGAUUCUGCCACUUGUAAUAAUCUUUGUGACAUCACACACUCUUGCAUUUUCUCUUGCAUUAUUUCUCUCAGACUCUCAUCUCUGCAUCACUUUUGGAGGAAAUUUUCCUACAGUGAAUAAAUUACAAUUAGUAAUGAUUGUUGUGUGACUGUUGUCCAUCCAAUUUGUUGUCGUAAAAUUUGAGUUCAUUGGCUUUCCAGGAUUAGGAAUCCACAAAUCUUUGGCUGUUGUUGGCCCUACGGUUUUUCCAAAAUUAUCUUUGUUUUUAAUAUCUGCCAGGCAAAACAUGUUAAAAUAUAUAUACUUACAAGUUGUAACAUUUUGUGGGAAACACUCGACAUUGGUGUAGUACGCUGGCUUGCCAUGUCUUUAACCUGUACUCCACGUUUGGUCUUCGAACUCAAAAUUUCUAUUGCAGAAUGCAGAUAGAAAUCGUUUUCGAUGACAUUGAUGACCUGACUUGUCAUACAGCACAACUUCUUUCAAAACAUCAAUAAUUUCCUCUGACUGCAUGUCCAAGAGUUGCUUUAGAUCAUCAUACCCAAGCUCCAUGAACUUGUUGACAUACUGUGAAAGGUUGUUCUUUUCAAGAAAUGUUUGAAUUUUAUCUGCCAUGUUGUUUUAAAACCAUGACGAUUGAGCCAGCAUGCCCCAAGUACAGCUUUUGCACGCAACUACUUCGUGUAGCGUUACAUAAAGUGGCACCUAAUCCUAUCAAUCUACAUUCUAAUGUUUAUGCGCUUUAUUCAUGAUCACGAUGAUGCAAAAAAAAUGAAAAAUCCAAUAGAAUUCAAAAUAACAACCGCACUUUAGAAAACGAUGACAUCAUGCGUUGGCGAAUAUGUUAAUAUGCAUGCGUCUAAUAAAUAACACGUUUGUUCAAAAAACAAAAUCACAUGAGUGGUUAAUUCGUAAAAAAACCUUUUCCUAUGCAUUUUACUUACAUAUACACAGUGUAUACUGAUAAUCACUCACAUGGUUGGGAUGCAUUACAGAAGCAUUCCGUAAAAAUGAAAGUAGACUGCAUGCUUCAUGGCUCACAAACACAUUCCGUACACACAAAAGCACAAAGGUUUUUGAAUGACGUUUCGUUUCCAUAGCUUAAUGAUACAACCAUUAUUUAUUAACGUUGUCUUCUGCAAAGCUGGUCAAAAAACAAAACCAAACGUGAAAAGUAUGCUAAACUUUAGCUGUUGGCCUAAUUCUCGUCAGUAUUGCAAUUCAAUGGAGAAUUUUGACACAAAAAAAUUACACACACUUACUAUAAAUGUUGAGAAAAAUUUCUAGAAAUUUGUUUUAGUAGAAGUCUCACAAUUUCCGAGUCUAAAGAUAAAACAAACUAUAAUUUUUUAAGGGGGCCAAAUUUCCUAGAAAAUAUGGCCCGGGGGGCAAACUUCCUGUGACACCGGUCUGGCCAUGUAAUGGAAAGUGCCCUAUGAGUAAUCUAAGAUGACUUAUUGGAGAAGUAAAGAGCAUCGAAGGGUACUGCAACAAUUUUUACAAUUCAAAAAUUUUAAAUAUUUUCAUUCCAUGAGAAAUCAUAAAGGUUAAGCCAAUUGGGCAAAUGAAUUUGCUAGAUUUUACAAAAUACUAACCUCAAUUAUAAAAUAUGAUUUUGUCAUUCUAGCUUCUGGGAAUUACUGGUUAUGGAGCAAUGGCCAACAUGUCAUCCAGGAAUGUGACCCUCAAGGUGUUGACACUUGUUAGCCAAAAAUACAAUGCGGCUGCAACAUCAGCCCUAAACAAGGAGAUUGUGUUGGCAGUGAGUACCAAGACUUUGAAAUUGAGGAAUGGUUGAACUAAAAGUAAAUGUAGGUUACCUUUAUUUAUUUCUAAUCUUCCACUGUAGCACAAGUUCGUACGAGAAAAAACAACAGCAGCAGCAAAGAAACUUAAUGAUUUCUCGGGAAGCUUCUACCAAUGGAAGCUGGAGAAGUUUCCCAGCACUAUCACCAGGGAGGAAUGGCAGAUGACGAGAAGGGAGGACCAAGCUGCCUAUAGUCUAGGACCUGUAUAUGAGUAUGUAUGCAUUUCAUUUAGGACAGAUAAUCUUAACUGUUUUAGGGCAAGUUGACCAUGACGGUCAACAUGGUAACGCUGCCCGAACCCCAAUCCGGGGCGAAACGUCCGAAACUGACCAUACCCAAAAACGACGCUUUCACCAUACUGCUAUCUACCAAACCAUAAAAGCUUUGGUUGUUAUGAAACAAAUAAAUUUGUAAUCUAACAUAAUAGCCUAAUUGCUGCUUUGUAAAUAUCUGUUUUAAUUGUUUAUAUAAUAAUAAAAAACAUUAACAUUAAAAUUCAGCAAAAUAACUUGGUAUAUCCCAACAUACUUAGUAUUGUUUAUGGCCGGGGUGGGGGCUGAAGAGAAAAUCGUGGGGUAGCGAAAACAAAUACAAAAAAAAGAAAAUUUGUUUCAACAAAGGUUGGACUUAUAACCACGGUGUAUUGUUUCUCUUCAGCCCCCACCCCGGCGAAAAAUAAUGACUGGUCCCUUAAGCCUGGUUCACAUAUGUCUGCGAUGUGUUGGCAGGCUAUUGUCUUUAGCAGUUCAACCAAAUAAUUCACAAAAGAAUGUAUGCAUAAACAGCUGUAAGCAAUGAUGUUGCAGGCAUAUCGCAGACAUAUGUGAACCAGGCUUUACAUUUUAUAUCCAGAGGUUUUCUGCUGUGCAAAAUUGAAACCAAUCAGCUUUUCUCACACUAUGUGACCAGGCCUUCUAAUCUGCCAUUUUUGUGUGGCAUAUAGUUGAUUUUAGGAUAUCUGUUUGGUUUUGAUAAAACAAUCAAUAGUUUUACCACCCAAAAAUGGCAGAUUAUUUAGGCUUGGUCGCAUAGCAUGAGAAAGACUAAUUUCACUACUCAAAUUCUCAUAAAAGCCAUCACAAGGUCAUGUUUCAAAAGAAUUCUUUAAUAAAAUAAUUACUUUCAAAACUAACUAUGAGUAUUACUAUAUAUAUACUAUUGCUCACAAGAUGUAUAUGUGAUGAAAUUUAGGAAUGUUGUUUGCAAAAUGUUAGAAUUUUAUAAAAUACUAACCCAGUCCCAAUUUAACAAUUGAAUUUUGAAGAAAGUGCCAUAAAUUUCUAAGUCUAACUUGAACUAAAUUUAUACUAAAGAUUCCACAAUUUAUAGUCUGAGCAAAAAUGUUUGCAAAAUGUUAGAAUUUUGUUUUUAUUAGAAAUAUACUAUUUUAUAAAUACUAACCCAGUCCCAAUUUGACAAUUGAAUUGUAAAGAAAAUGCCAUAAAUGUCGAACCUGAACUGGAAUAUUCCACAAGUCUGACAAAUGUCGGAUAAAUCACAGCACGAACACAAGAUCAGACAAAUGUCUGUCGGAUAAAUAACUGCAAAAACACAAGGUCCGACUAAUUUCCCAUAUUAAAACAAAGACAUGAAGUAUUAUAUCUUAAAGAUUGCUGACCAAUGUCGAAGGUGCAUUUAUAACACUGUGCAUGUGUAAUACAUGUCGGACCUAUAACCGUAGCAGACCUAUAACCACAGCGUUUUACAUAUUGUUUGCAUUCUUUAUCAUGUGUUUGUCUGUCAUGGUGGCUAGAAUUUGACACCUUCCAGUUUGCAAACAUGCUGCUAGUGUGCAUGCAAAAGUGCUUCUUUAUAAAUUAUAUAAAGACAGCAGAUUGAUAAGUACGGAUGCGUGUUCAUUAGUCUGAUGUUUCUUUGCACAUCGUUUGAGCCGUACACAGGCUAUUGGAGAACUGAUGUGCAAUUUUCACUAUUUGGUCCAGAAUGAUGUGCAAAUUGCACAUUACUAAUUUGAAUGCUGACCUAGGAAUAGAGGUCUAUUCUUCUGUUAUAUAGCCCUGCAUACAUUAGUUGACUUAGUGAGUAUUAUAGUCUAAAGCCCAGGGGAAACGUUGUGGAAACAUUGUUUCCUGCCAAUGUUUCACCAUGUUUCCCAGAGUGGGCAAACACUAAGAAACAUUAGUGAGAAACAUCGGGAAACAUCAAAUGUUUCUGAAUUCGCUAGGAAACAGUUUCGCUUCUCGGGAAGCAAAUUUUGUUUCCUCAACAAUGUUUCCACAGAUGGGCAAACAGGGAAACAUUCAAGGAAACAUUGAGAAUCACAAAUGUUUCCACAACAUUCCCUAGUUUGCCCACAGCUUAAGACUACUAGUGAGUUCGAGUCGCAUAAACACCACAUUUUGCUGCUGCGACCUGUUGUGACAUUGGAAAGACUUCCCAUAUAAACAUGAUAUUUGUGAGUUUACAAUAUUUGGUUCACUUUAUGUAGUGAUUUAUUAUAUAUACCUCUUGAUGCAGACAAAAUAGGUCUUUUACUAUUAUUGUCCCUUUCAAAGAUAGCCUUUUCAAAUUUCAAUUCAGUAAAUAGUAAUGGUCCGUGUGUAUCCAUAUUUCAUGGAACAUUCCAUUGCUGUAAAACAUCAGUACAGUUUUUGUCAUCAGGAACAACACUUAAACCAAUUUCGACAAAGUCAUGUAGUUGAAACAGAGUAGCUGCAACAUGUUUACAACACCCCCCAGCCUUGCAAGAACACUUUGCUUUUACAACUUUACCAUCUGUUUAGGAGAGAUGGACAUAGACAGUGUAUGAUUGCUGUUUCACAAGGCUCUUACUCAAAAAGAGUUUGGAGUUGGCUUGCACAUUCUGUUUGACACGAAAUGUUUUUACAUAAUUCUCCUUAAAUAAGCGAUAUCCCAUUUUCUUGUGGUGAUGGGCGGCAGUAGGACGAUUCUAUUUCGUCAUCACUGCAUCGAGGAUCCCAUGAGAUAGCAAGCACACAUGCGCCAUCAGUGCGACACAAAAACGCUGUCAGGAAGAAGCUCUUUUUCAUGCUUAUAUCGUUUUUUGUUUUUUUCUUUCAUUUUGACCGGAGCCACCUGAGGGUUUGUGGCUAAUCUUACAUAAAUCAACUCACAAGAAUGUCAAGGUGACGAAAUGAGUGACGAAGAUGAAUUCCAUCACCUGAAUGAUGAAGCCGAAGGUCUUGAAGAACAGUCUAGCGAAGAUAAAAUGGCGGGAAUACUACAAGGACUUCAAUCAACUCUGAAGAAACUCACACAGGCGUCCCGUUCUCAGACAGAAACGUUGAGUAGUAUCAGAGAAGACCUCCUGUUUCAAUCUGAUGCAACAGAUCAGGACGAGCGAAGCGGCAACGGCACAGAAAACAGCCUAAAUGUCAGCUCAAUCGUUGCUAACUUGCUCGACUCGAGCACAGAGCACGAGGCCCCAAAGUCUAGCCCUGACGCAGCGGUAGACGAUGACAUAAUUGAUAGCCUGACUCAGGCUUACUUAGCGAAUCCGAAACAGUCCCCACAUGUGGAGACUAAAAUUGCUUCCUUUAUUGAACAAGUCUUGACAGGAGAACUCUCCAGCGACAUGCUGAAAGAGACGGGUGAGAAAUACCCACCACCAGAUAAUUGCCAACACCUCACAACAGUAAUGGUUAAUAAGGAAAUAUGGGACUUGUUGUCGAGGAAAAGCAGAACAGUUGAUCUUGGAUUUCAGAAAGUUCAAGGGCCCUUUAUGCAAGGGUUAUCAACUCUAACUAUCCUGGCCGAUAGGCUGUUAAAGGAUGUUAAAAAUAGCAAAAACACCAACAUUCGUGAAGUCUUGCAACAACUUAUGGAUAGUAUUGUCAUACUAGGAAAUGCAAACUGGAACUUAAUCAUGAAGAGGCGAGAGUUCAUUAAAUCUGAUUUGAAUCUGCCCUACACACAACUGUGUAAAGAGGAUAUUAAACCCACUACCAAGCUAUUUGGGGAUGACCUCUCCAAGCACCUUAAGGAAAUGUUGGAAGCCAAAAGGGCUGGCCAGAAAUUGCUGAAAACUGUGUCUUCUGCAAAGGUUAUGAAAAAUCGAGGCUACCGGUUCAAACCAUAUGAUAAACCGACAACCAGUUUUGGCCAGACUUGGCAACCUGCAAACAAGUCGUACAACUACAAGCGUCCUUUUUUAGAACACAGUCGGGCGACCAGCCAAGCAACGAUGGGGCCGAGAAGGCAGAACAACCACAACAACAAAUCCCAGUAACCCAAGAGGUAAUAUUUAACUAUUCUAACACUAAUGAUUUAGUUAAUAUAUCAACUAGUGCAUUGCACAACUCAUGCAUGUCCUUUCAAGCUGGUCAAGUGAGACACUUUAUACAGAAUUGGGCCAUACUGACUAGUGACCCAUUCAUUUUAAAUGCUGUAAAGCAUUAUCACAUUGAAUUUGAGGGGGAUUUCCCUGUACAAACACAAAGGCCUUAUCAAAUCAGAUUUUCUGCAGAGGAAACACAAAUAAUAGAUUCAGAAAUCUUGAAAUAUUUAUCAAAGCAUGUUAUUGAACCUGUUUGUGUGACUCCAGAAAGUUUUGUAUCCACCAUUUUCAUUAGGCCUAAAAAGGAUGGUUAACACAGGAUGAUACUGAACCUCAAACCAUUCAAUGAGUUUGUGGAUUACAACCAUUUUAAAAUGGAUACAUUUCAAACUGCCGUGAAACUUAUCCGACCUGGAAGUUUCAUGGCAUCAAUUGACCUUAAGGAUGCCUACUAUUCCAUACCAGUUGCGGAUGAGGAUAGGAAAUUCCUUAUGUUCGAAUGGCAAGGAACCUUUUACCAAUUCACUUGUCUCCCUAAUGGACUUUCUUGUGCCCCUGGGGUUUUUACAAAAAUCUUAAAGCCUGUGUACUCUCAUUUGAGAGGUUUAAGACACACUUGUAUGGGUCACAUUGAUGAUUCCUUAUUGUUAGGCUACGACCGUGAAGCUUGUAAAAACAAUAUUGAAGAUUCUACAAACUUGUUCCAACAAUUGGGGUUUGUCAUACACCCUGAGAAAUCAGUUUUGCAUCCAGUACAAGCUAUUGAAUUCCUAGGAUUUGUGAUUAAUAGCCUGUCUAUGACAGUGAGGCUUAUACCUAGGAAAAUCACCAAGGUCAAAUCCUUUUGCAAUAGCUUAUUAAAUAAACAUAAACCUACUAUAGGGGAGGUUGCUCAGGUAAUAGGCCUGCUGGUCUCCAGUCUCCCAGCAAUACAGUUCGGGCCUCUCCAUUAUAGAAACCUAGAAGGGGAUAAAAUUUUGGUGCUACGUGCCAACAAAGGCAACUUUGAUUCACCUAUGACCCUUUCCCAUCAGUCUAAUUUAGAGCUUGUGUAGUGGGUGAAUAAUAUUGACUCUGCUUUUAAACCAAUUUUGCAGAGCACUCCUGCAGUAAUUCUUACUACCGAUGCUUCCAUCCUAGGUUUGGGUGCUGUUUUGGGUGAUACCAGAACAGGUGGUCCAUGGGACCAGACAGAACAGCAAUACCACAUCAAUUGUUUAGAGAUGUGGUCUGUUUUACUGGGGUUAAGAUCCCUCUGCAAACAUGUUUCCAAACAGCAUGUUAGAGUUCAAUGUGAUAAUACUACAGCAAUUGCCUACAUCAAUGCAAUGGGGGGCAUAAAAUCUAAGGAAUGUGACAAUUUGGCAAAACAGAUUUGGGAAUGGUAUUUAGCCCAAGAUGCAUGUCACAUCCCAGGGUCCCAGAAUGUGGAGGCAGAUGCAGUAUCAAGGGUAUUUAACCUCUCAACCGAGUGGUCUCUUUUCCCUCCCGGUGUUUGCAGACAUUGCAAGGAGAUGGGGAAGCUUUGAUAUAGACUUAUUUGCUUCACGGCUUAACUAUAAACCCUGAUGCCAAAUUUAUUGAUGCUUUUUAUAUGGAUUGGGGACCAUAUUUAUUUUAUGCUUUCCCACCUUUCAGUAUGAUAGCAACAUGUCUCCAGAAAAAAACACACAAGACAAAGCAACAGGAGUGUUAAUAGUACCCAUCUGGACAACGCAACCCUGGUUCACAGGGAUACUGAACUUGCUCAUGAACAAACCGCUCAUUCUUCCUCAAUCAAACACACUGCUGACACAACCCCACAAUGGGGAUCUUCACCCACUGUGACAUCAACUACGUCUAAUGGCUUGCAAAGUCUCUGGCAAAGCUUCCAACACAGAGGAAUUUCAAAUGACGCUACUGCGAUCAUCCUCCAGUCAUGGUCUGCUGGUACCCAGAAACAAUACCAACCGUACAUUACCAAGUGGCACCGAUUUUGUGCUGAAUGGGAGAUUAAUCCCUACAAUCCACCUUUGAACAUUGUGCUAGACUUUUUGGUACACCUUCAUAACCAAGAUCUUGAAUACACAACAAUAAACACAGCCAGAAGUGCAAUUUCAGCCAUUAUACUACGUCAAGGGACCACUACCAUAGGAAGCCAUCCGAUUAUCUCACGAUUCAUGAAAGGCAUCUACCGGUCCAACCCCCCAAGGCCAAAGUAUCAAAUUACUUGGGAUGUACAACCAGUACUAACAUAUGUAUCUUCUCUUGGAACUGCUAACAACCUGGAUCUCAAGACCCUUUCAUUGAAAUUGCUUAUGUUGGUUGCUCUGGUUUCUGCCCAAAGAGGGCAAAGCCUACACAUGCUUGAUAUAACUCUUAUGAAACAGGAUGAAUCCUCAUUCGAGUUUUUGUUACCAGAACAUGUGAAGCAAAGUCGACCAGGGUAUACACCCCCUUCAAUUGUUCUGCAUGCCUUUCCUGCUGAUGAAUCAUUGUGUGUUUUUAAUCAUAUGCGAACAUACAUAAAUCAAACAAAACCACUUAGAGGGAACGAAACAAAACUUUUCAUCAGCUAUAUGAAACCACAUCAUCGAAUUUCGAGAGACUAUAUCUAGAUGGAUACGUCAAACCAUGACAAAUGCUGGAGUCGAUGUUCAGAUUUUUAAACCGCACAGUACCAGAGCUGCUGCGACUUCAAAGGCUAAAGCAGCCUCGGUUCCUAUUCAGGACAUCCUCAAUAAGGCAGGGUGGUCCUUGUCGCGAACUUUUGAUAAGUUUUAUCACAAACACAUUGUCAGCAAUGAACAAAUAUUUGCUACUGCUGUUCUGAGCUCUAAAUGAGUCAAAUAGGUACUAUAUAUUCUCAUCAAUGUUGGAGUUGUCUCCACAUUAAUUGUUGAUAUGUUAUUGUGGGAUUUGUUACAUUAAAGACUGUUGCUAUCGUCUCUCAUGUGAAUGUUGUCUUUGAAAUCUCAUGGGAUCCCGGAUGCAGUGAUGACGAAAUAGAAUUGAAAAUUAAAUGAGACUUACCUGGAAGUUGAAGUUUGAUUGGAAUUCUGUGAGUCAUAACACUGCAUCUAGGGAUCACAUGCCCGCCCUGUUGGUUUCCCAACAUUCCCAACCCUAUUUUAUUAUAGGGCAUCAACUAGAGAAACUGGAUAGACAGUAAUAAACCAUUUAAUUGUGCAUUGGAACAUAUUCAUGUUACAUCUUUCUUACGCGAUACAGUCACAUUUGAACUUUAAAAACUGACGGCGCAUGCAUGCUUGCUAUCUCAUGUGAUCCCUAGAUGCAGUGUUAUGACUCAUAGAAUUCCAAUCAAACUUCAACUUCCAGGUAAGUCUCGUUUAAUUUUCAAUUAUCGGGCAUUGUCUCCGAAUUUUCCACCAAAUGCUCGUGACUAAACGCAUAUUCAAAGGCCAAAAGAUUAAUCAGAGAUCGAGCAAAUGUAGCAUCCUGUAAAAUUUCUCAGAAAAUUUCUUUGUCUUAGCUUGCUCCACUGUUGAACCACCGUUUAGUAGAUUGUCCACAUACAUGCUUCGACGUACAUCUUCUUCAGGAUAAGUUUUGGACCAGGUGUCUAAAUGGGGUCUCGAUUACACCAUGGAGUAGAUAAGGUGAGGGUACAACACCAAAUAAGACUCUUGUAAACCGUAGGGUCUCCAAUGGUGACAGAUCAUCUCGAUACCAAUGAAACUGUAGCACAUCUCUCUCAAAAGAACAAAACAAUAGACACUCCGAAAAUAGUUAACAUUUUAUUCAAUGUUUCGACUAUGUUUCAGUCAUCAUCAGGAAUGACGCUAUUGAAAAAUACCAAGAUAUAUAUUUACAAGUUAAGCGGAUCAAAUUACGUGCUAAUUAAAGAUCACAAGUUCCUUAGAGGCUUUCGUUCCGUGAUUAUGUUCCGGUUUUUGAUGAUGUAUAUGUAAAGACUCCUUAUAUAACAAUAAUGACCAAUGUCUAGAUUUAUCUAUAAUAGUACAGUUUUGGUAUAUGAUGGCUUCUGUGGUAUGUGUAUCAAACUGAUCAAGUAGUGUGUUGGGUAGGUUAAGUAGUGUCUGGAAGUAUUGAAAAUGUUCACAUGACGUAAUAUGUUUGUGGACUUCUGAGUUUUUGUCGGAGGAGUGUUCUUUAAUUCUUGUUCUGAGGCAGCGGUCAGUUUCGCUGUAGUUUCAAUAACAUACAUUUCCAUUCUUGUAAGGUGAGAGCCCAUUAAAAUCUCCAUACGUUUGGUUGAAGCUUCCGAGAGUUUCUUGUUCAGCAAAUCUCCAACUUUAGCUGAGAUAUUAGAGCUGCUGGCUCCUGUAUCAUCAGUGCUUUCAUUAUAAUUCUGUCCACUUUAAGCAACACCACUGGGAAAACUCCUUCCCCCACUCCACUUGGUAUUAAUACCACUUUCUUGAUCUCUUCCAGCUGAGUUUUGUCACAUAUUGAGUGUUACUCCUCGAUCAUCGAAUCAAGACUUUCAAACUCGUAAAUAAUAUGAUUAAAAAUGGUUCAACUAUAAGUGAAUACAAAAACAAAUAAACUACCUAGUUUACAAUAAUUUAGUAAAAUAAAAAAACAAACUUACAGAUAAUUCCCCAACUGGGCGAUCGAUAGCAAUAUUCAUGUAGAAUUGUAGGUCCUAUUAGAGUUUACUUAUCCUUUGCUUCGGGUAGAAUUAAAAUAAUUUUGUUUAGACUGUUUGAUGUUGACUAUAGAUAUGCCCUCGCAGGAUACUUUCAACCGUUUCUAUAUUCAAAAUAUGAAUAUAUUAAGUAAUUACUAAUUGCCUAACUAAUCUCCUAGACAAUGGUAUGUUAAUUGUCUUUUUCAGCUCCGGCUGUUUUACAGUUUUGAACUCCGGCUCCAGCUCCGGCUGCUUUACAUAUGUAAACUCUGGUCUUGACUCCGGCUGCUUAUAUCUAUUUCCUUGCCUAGUAACUGGAUAAUGACGGAUAUUAUUCCGCUCAAUUUUGUUACCAGGUUUUCCCUCUCUCCUCCGCAGAGGCUUUACGUAGGGUAGUAUGAUUAUCAUGACAUUUUACAUCAUGCGUUAAGGGAAUAUGAACCAUGGGGCGAAGGAACACAGUUUGAUAUUCCCCUGAUGCAUCAUGUAAAAUGUCGUCAUAAACAUGCUAUGGUAUGUAAAGCCUCUGCAGAAGAGAGAGGUUUUCCCUUGUAAAUUAAGUGGAAGAAAAUAAGAAAUGCAGUGACAGAAACAGAAUAUGGUAAUUUAUUACAAAUAAGAAAAUUCUAAGUACAAAUUUACAAAGUCAAAGGUUUUAAAACCUUUUGUGAUUAAACUUAAUAAAUGCUAAGUGACCAAUGUUGCCUGGAAGAAGCAUGCAACGUUUCUUUGUCAUAAUGUUCCCGGUCAAUGAAAAGACAUGCUCAGAGGUUACAGAGGACGGUGGACACGAGAGAUAAGGUAGAGCCAAGUGUGUCAAAGCACAGGCCAUUCGCCAUUUUUUGUGGCAAUACCGGUAAAUCCUGAGCAUUGAUUUUGCUGUUUGGCUCUGACAGGUAGGCA